GCGGAGAGCGAGAGCGAGGGAGUGGAGAGGAGCGGAGAGGGAGGGCGAGGAAAGACGCGCGCUGAGACACACGGCCACUGGAAUUCCAUUAGGAAAAAAGUGAGCGAACGAAGGUUAGCUGAAGAUUUUUAAAAAAAUCUUUUCUUCAUCUUGGUGGGAAAGAAGGGACUCCGGUCUCCUGUCCUCGGAGCACCGACUGGAUUGUUCCCGACGCUCACACCCGUCGCUCACACCCGUCGGUGGAUUUCUUUCCGAUUUGCAUUUGUUCUGACCUCCUCCCUCGCCACCUCCCUCCAGCUCUGCACUCUUCGAUCGCCUCGCCCCCCACCUCCCCAGUCCCCCGGGAAGCGCAGGGGUAUUGGACCCGCGGGGGCUCUCCUUCCCGGACGAGUGGAGGGGAGGGCUGACCUCAGGACCGGCUGUGGGCUUAGAAAGCAGCCAGAAACAGCAACGUGUGCUUGGUUUUGGUGGGCAAGGGGGGGCGUCGAGGGGCAGCCCACCGCCCGCCUCCCACCCUACCCGCUCCAGCCAGAGGCGAGAAUCGCAGGACUCAGGAUAUCAUCAGGCGGACAGGCUGUGAUCUCCGCAUUGGAUUCGGGGCUGAUUACCACUGCUUGGCUAUUAUUAUUUUUUAAAAUUUUGUUUCAUUUUUUUAACCUAAGAGAGAAAGACAAAAUAACUGUGGGAUUUAUUUAACAUGAUCUUGGCAAACGCCUUCUGCCUGCUCUUCUUUUUAGACGAGACCCUCCGCUCUUUGGCCAGCCCUUCCUCCCUGCAGGGCCCUGAGCUCCACGGCUGGCGCCCCCCAGUGGACUGUGUCCGGGCCAAUGAGCUGUGCGCGGCCGAGUCCAACUGCAGCUCCCGGUACCGAACGCUGCGGCAGUGCCUGGCGGGCCGGGACCGCAACACCAUGCUGGCCAACAAGGAGUGCCAGGCAGCCUUGGAGGUCCUGCAGGAGAGCCCGCUGUACGACUGCCGCUGCAAGCGGGGCAUGAAGAAGGAGCUCCAGUGCCUGCAGAUCUACUGGAGCAUCCAUCUGGGGCUGACAGAGGGUGAGGAGUUCUAUGAAGCCUCCCCCUACGAGCCCGUGACCUCGCGCCUUUCGGACAUCUUCAGGCUUGCUUCAAUCUUCUCAGGGACAGGGGCAGACCCGGCUGUCAGUGCCAGGAGCAACCAUUGCCUGGACGCUGCCAAGGCCUGCAACCUGAAUGACAACUGCAAGAAGCUGCGCUCCUCCUACAUCUCCAUCUGCAACCGUGAGAUCUCGUCCACUGAGCGCUGCAACCGCCGCAAGUGCCACAAGGCCCUGCGCCAGUUCUUCGACCGCGUGCCCAGCGAGUACACCUACCGCAUGCUCUUCUGUUCCUGCCAAGACCAGGCGUGUGCUGAGCGUCGCCGGCAGACCAUCCUGCCCAGCUGUUCCUACGAGGACAAGGAGAAGCCCAACUGUCUGGAACUCCGCACCCUGUGCCGGGGAGAUCACUUAUGCCGGUCCCGGCUGGCGGACUUCCAUACCAACUGUCGAGCCUCCUACCGCACACUCACCAGCUGCCCUGCCGACAACUACCAGGCGUGUCUGGGCUCCUAUGCGGGCAUGAUCGGGUUUGAUAUGACCCCCAAUUACGUGGACUCCAGCCCCACCAGCAUCGUGGUGUCGCCCUGGUGCAGCUGUCGCGGCAGUGGGAACAUGGAGGAGGAGUGUGAGAAGUUCCUGAGGGACUUCACUGAGAACCCGUGCCUCCGGAAUGCCAUCCAGGCCUUUGGCAAUGGCACAGACGUGAACGUGUCCCCCAAGAACCCUCCAUUCCAGGCCACCCAGGCCCCUCGGGUGGAGAAGACUCCUUCUUUGCCAGAUGACCUCAGUGACAGCACCAGCCUGGGGACCAGUGUCAUCACCACUUGCACAUCUGUCCAGGAGCAGGGGCUAAAGGCCAACAACUCCAAAGAGUUAAGCAUGUGCUUCACAGAGCUCACGACAAAUAUCAUCCCAGGGAGCAAAAAGGUGAUCAAACCUAACUCAGGCCUCAGCAGAGCUCGACCAAUGGCUGCCUUCACCGUGCUCCCCCUCCUGAUGCUGAAACUGGCCUUGUAGGCUCUGAGGACUGCGUUGAGAGAUUUCUACAAGCUAUAGAACUCCCACCUGAGAAAAUGGAAAGUCACCCACUCUCACAGACACACACACACACACACACACACACACACACACCUUGCAAAAAAAUUUUUUUUUCCCACCUUGUCUCUGAACCUGUCUCCUCCCAAGUUUCUGCUGUGGAGAAGUUUUUCUAAACCAAACAGACAAGCAGGCGGACAGCCUGAGAGCCAGCCCAGAGGUCCCCUGGCAAGGGACAUCCAGUGCCGAGGAGGGUGCAGGCUCUAGAAAUGCCCUUUAUUGUCUCCAGUGUUUUUAUCUCUGGACCCUUCUGAAGCAAGAGACCACGGCGAGACUGCUGGUGUGGAAGGGACUGUGCUGUGCCUGAUGCAGGCUGGGGACAGGACACCUGCAGCUGCUCUCUCCAGCUGCCCACUCUGAGGACCUGCCAGGGUCUGGAAGUGGGCGUCGGUCAGUGGAGAAGCAGGGCUGGCCAUGUGGUCCUGCUGGGCCCGGUCGGCCCCUCCUCUUGCCUUCAAAGAUGGAGAUGAUUUGCUUCCCUCUCUGCCCUCUGGUAGCUGGGUGGGGCUGUCUGAUGUGGGAACUCCAUGGCUGCACUGGGUCCCCCGACUGUAGCGUGGGUGGGGGGCCUAGGGCCAACUCCAGGGGGCGCCUGGGAGGCCAGCUCUAGGCUAUGUUUUCCUUCCUAGUGGCAGGAAUUUUAAAGUCAGAUAUGAUGCUUUACUGGCUUGAUUUCUUUGGAUCCAUUUGGUGGGGCUUCCCUUGGGAGAGGGGCCGCAGAGGCGGGCAGAACAGACCGAGGUGAGACGAGUGUCACUACACCGUCUGGUCUCUCGAGCUCUCUCCUCUCCUGACCCCUCUCCUGGUUUCCACUUUCUGCAUUUCCAAGACACACGUCAACUGUCUGUACAUGAUGAGGUUCCUUUCUCAGUGUAGGUGUAUAUACACAUCCGUAUACAUAUAUCCUGUGAUCUCCUUUCUCUUUCCUUUUUCUAAGAAACAAAACUAUCAAAAUAAUACCCCACAGAUGAGCGAAAAUGUAUUAUUGUAAAGUUUAUUUUUUUUAAUAAUGUUGUCUAUAAUGGAAAAAAAAAUGGAAAUGGACUCCUGGAGCCCCGCUCCAGUUGGGCUGAUGGGGCUGUGGCCGGGGACUCCUGAUCCGCACUCACUUAACCAAGGCUCCAAUAAACGUACUAGGAAGCAA